AUGGGAUACACGUCAACGUUAAAAUUUGUCAAUCUCGGUAUUAGGAGGAGGCUCAUCCGGAGAGCCCAUAAACAGCCUCAUCACAGAUGGGACAGUAUCAAAAAUCAGCUAAAUGAAUUGUUAAAGUAUGGGCGCAUUGAAACGACCUUAACCAAAGCUAAGGAAUUGCAGGGGUAUGCAGAAGAGUUAAUUUACCUGGCCAAAAAAAACAAUGUGGAGAAUAAUUUAAAAGUCGAAAGUAUGCUAAGAACAGCGCAAGGGAGAAGAAAACUGUACGAAUAUUAUGUGCCCUUAUAUCGAUAUAGACCUUUUUUUUUCACAAGAGUUAUUAAUCAGUGGAGGCUCCGAUUACGGGAUGCAGCGCCCAUGGCAUUUAUUGAAUUUAUUGAUAGACCCGGUGAAUUAAGACCAGCUAAGCCCGUCGGUCCUGACAGAAUUAAGUACAUAUAUGAAGAGAUGAAGAAGAACCGAAGGAAUUUUAAGCAGUACUUCCAUAUCGCAAAGAAAUUUAAUUUGCUUGAUGGAAAUGAUGAGCUAAUUUCAGAUGUGAAUUUUGAUAACCUACAGGAGCAUGCCAAACGGGACUUGUGGAAAGGAGAUGACGAGGAAGAAAUCCAGAUAGAUCCAGAAUUGAUAAAAAGGUAUGAACAGUUUGGAGAACCCAUGCUAACUGGACCUACCAAGGGAAGGGAACCUUUCUACGUAGACCUCCCCCUGCCUAGCCUCGUUGAAAAGGCCUUUAUAAAUUAUCGCAAGAAGUUUAAGCCAUAA